GACGGGCUUAGUAGAGAGAAAACAGGCAGGAGGAUCCAAGCAAGCGAACGGCUAACGUCGAUAUUUAACCGAAUCGACCAAACCGACGUCCGCUAAACUAAAAUAAUUGAAACUAAUUCAAAGUAACAACGUCGAUACCUUAUGUUUACUUCUCGGCUGUCAAAUUAAACCAUGUCAACCCCAGCAAGACGGCGUCUGAUGAGAGAUUUUAAACGUCUCCAGGAGGAUCCUCCAGCCGGAGUUAGCGGAGCCCCGUCGGAAAACAACAUCAUGGUCUGGAAUGCUGUCAUUUUUGGCCCUGAAGGAACACCAUUUGAAGAUGGAACUUUCAAACUCACAAUAGAAUUUACAGAAGAAUAUCCAAACAAACCACCAACAGUCCGGUUUGUCUCCAAAAUGUUUCACCCUAAUGUUUAUGCAGAUGGUAGUAUAUGUUUGGACAUUCUUCAGAAUCGCUGGAGUCCAACAUAUGAUGUUUCUUCAAUUUUAACCUCGAUACAGUCUUUACUGGAUGAGCCGAACCCAAACAGCCCUGCCAACAGCCAGGCAGCUCAGCUGUAUCAGGAAAACAAGAGAGAGUAUGAGAAACGUGUGUCGGCCAUUGUUGAACAGAGCUGGCGUGACUGUUGACCCUCCUUACAGUUCCCAUACGAACAAUAGUCCGCCUCAGCCAAUGAGAGGAAAACCACCUUGCAAAGAAUAAAAUAAAACACUUCAUGUUUUCAAUCAUUCUCCACUUACUCGGUAGAAUUGUCUGUUCUGUAGCUGUUGCAAGAUUAGAGUGCUGUUGUGUUGUGGUCUCCCUCUUCAUGCAGAACCUUAUCUUGGGUGAGGAUAAACCUUAAUUUAACAAAAUAUUGUUGCCAGGGUUACUUGUUUUUAUUUGGCCUGCCCUCAUUUUUGUCAUCUUAUUUCUUUGGUUUUAUAAGUUGCUCCUACACUGUGGGCUGAUUUCAUUUUGGUUAUUAAGAUGUCGGUUGCUGUUUUCAGUAUGAAUUAAAGUUUUAUUAUCCUUGUUUAAAUGUAGAGAUUUUGUUGUCUCUGCAAAAGUGUCAUACCGAAUGCCGCUUAAUGUGCCGUUCAGAGUUCCAAAUUAAACGGCAAGGACAUUAAAGAUGAUUGAUAUAUUGUCUUGUUUGGAAAGCUUACAAGUUUCAGAAACAUGCCUUUAUAACUGCACUUGGAAAACCUGACUUUAAAACCAGUUUAAAAAUUGUAAUGUUGUAAAGUGAUUUAUGUUCUUUUAAUUCAGCAGUUCAUGAUGAUGUUUAAGGUGUUGCCUUUGACACUGUGUUCUAGUUUGUCAGCAGUAAUUGUUUGAAGGUACACCGUGAUCUGUCUGCCCCACAAAACCCCGUGCCACAGACCUGGGAUUCAGAACACAACAAAUUGGCGAAUCUUUAAGCGUGUUUUCUUUUUUCACGAUUUUGUGUCUGUUGCACCCCAGUUGCAUGGCUUUCUUGCUCUUUUUUUUUUUUUUUUUUAAAGUUCCAUUUAAGUGCCGUUUAUUUCUCACACACUGAAUUGCUCCUCCAACCAUUCUGAUGUGAUGCUGUCAUGCAGUGUCCAUUUUAGCUAAUUCAAAUCUUCAUUUUUCUAAUUUACCAAGAGUGUUGAUUUGCACUAGUAACCCAUGUAAGAAACUGUACAUUUUCUCACUUCUUGUAAAUAAACAGUAAAAUAAA